UGCAUCACUAUUAAGUUGCGUAUGUGUUGUGCUGUUAAUAUGUGUUAUCUAUCGUGUUUUUAUCAAAAAAUUGUUGAUUAUGGACUUAUCUGGUAUUAAAUCUACGUUUAUUUAGUGAAUGGUUCAUCUGAAUGUAAAGAAAAGAAAAAUGUCCCGACAUGAGAAGGCAAAGAGCGGCUUUCUGGACACAUGGUUCGGGCGGCCGAAGAAGGCCGGCGCCGGCAUCGACCGGGGCUACGACACCGUACCCCGGGGCGCCGAGCCGAGGACGGAAGACGAGGAGCCCAAUGCGACCGCCGAGUACACCAGCAAGAUAGACGCCCUCGACGACAACCAGCUGCACAGACGAUUCGAGGAAAUGCUGUCCGACAUGAAUCUCAACGAGGAGAAAAAGGAGCCUCUCCGGAAAUAUUCGAGGGAUCAGAAAAAGAAGAUGCUCGUCGCCUACAAGUUCGUUAAUACUCAGGAAGGUCGCUCGAAGUUCGAAAAGCCCUCUGAUUACGUGGCCUAUCUGAACCAGCCCGAGCUGUCUGUCGGGAAACUCCACGGCUGCCUCGAGAACUUGAGGAUAUCCCUGACUAACAACCCUCUGUCCUGGAUCGAAGACUUCGGCACCAAGGGCAUCGAGAGCUUAUUGACUACCCUCAACUUGUGCUACACGAACGAUUCCCGUUACGACAGAGUCCAGUACGAGUGCAUAAGAUGUUUGUCGGCGAUCCUGAACAACACGGUCGGUAUUAGGACGAUGUUCGACUGCAGGGAGGCCCUGCCGGUCCUGGCGAGGAGUCUGGACGCGAGGAAGCCACAUUGCGCACUGGAAGCUGCCAAGGUGUUAGCGGCCAUAUGUCUGAUACCGAACGGGCACGAGAAGGUGCUGGAAGCCAUAACGAUGGCCGGCGAGUCCAGCAGGAAGGCUAGGUUCCUGCCCAUCGUCGAAGGACUGGAAAGCAAAAGCCCGGAGAGCUUGAAGAACGGCUGCAUGCAAUUGAUGAACGCCAUCAUAACGGAGCCCGAAGAGUUGGAGUUCAGGCUGCAUCUGAGGAGCGAGUUCAUGAGGACGGGCCUCUACGACCUGAUAGACGAACUGCGCGCCGGCGCCGAAGGCUCCCGCCUCAUACAAGUGAACGUGUUCGACUCGCACGCGUCCGCCGACCAGGACGAAUUCCUGGCGAAAUUCGACGACGUCAGGGUCGACUUCAACGAUUCGAACGAGUGCUUCGAGCUGGUGAAGAACCUGGUCAUAGACACGCCGGCGGAGCCCUACCUGUUGUCCAUACUGCAGCACUUGCUGUUCAUAAGAGAUGACGAGUUGAUCAGGCCGGCCUACUACAAGCUGAUUGAGGAGUGCAUCACACAGAUAGUCCUGCACAAGAACGGGUACGACCCGGACUUCAGGGCGACGCAGCGGUUCAACAUAGACGUGCAGCCGCUCAUCGACGGACUCAUAGAAAAAUCUCGAGCCGAAGAAGAGAAGAGGUUGGAGGAGUUGAAGUCGAAGUUGGAGGCGGCGAUCGCGGCCAGACAGGAGGCCGAGGCGAGGGCCGCCCACCUGGAGGAGAGGCUGAAGAGUACUGCCUCCCCCACCGCGCCCGGCGGCCUCUCGCAAGGGAACAUCGCCGCCAUUGCCAAGGCCAUAGGCAGUCCGGGGGGUCCCGCGCCUCCCCCGCCGCCGCCGAUGCCGGGGGGAGGCGGCCCCCCUCCCCCACCACCGCCCAUGCCGUCAGGUGGUGGACCACCGCCGCCUCCUCCGAUGCCCACAGCAGGCGGAGGCCCCCCUCCACCACCACCCCUGCCGGGCAUGGGCCCGCCACCGCCCCCCAUGCCCGGGAUGGGCGGUCCCCCUCCUCCGCCCAUGCCGGGUAUGGGACCACGGCCGCCACCGCCGCCCGGUGGAUUUAUGGCACCGAGGAUGCCUCAACCCGACAUCCUCCCGCACGGUCUCAAGCCGAAAAAGAAAUGGGAGGUCGAGGGUCCGUUGAAGCGGGCCAACUGGAAGACGAUAACGCCGCAGAAGAUGUCCGAAAAAGCAUUCUGGGUCAACGUGCAGGAAGACAGAUUGGCAUCCCCCGACAUCCUGAGCGGCUUAUCGCAGAAGUUCUCAAGCAAACCGGUCGCCAAGAAGACCGAAGAUGCAGUGGAUAAGGCUCACACUCUGAAGAAAGUACGCGACCUGAAGGUUCUGGACAGCAAAGCGGCCCAGAACCUGUCGAUCCUGCUCGGCGGCUCGCUCAAGCACAUGUCGUACUCGCACAUACGCACGUGCGUGCUGCGCUGCGACACCACCGUGCUCACCGGGAACGUGCUGGAUCUGCUUAUACAGUACCUGCCGCCGGCGGACCAGAUGAAGAAGCUGGCGGAACUGAAGGGCAACAGCGAGGAGCUGACCGAAGCGGAACAGUUCGCGGCCACCGUGGCCGACGUCAAGCGUCUCGUGCCCAGGCUGAGGAGUCUCGCCUUCAGGGAGCACUACGCCGAGAUCAUAUCCGAGAUCAAGCCGGACAUAGUGUCGGGCACGGCCGCCUGCGAGGAAGUCAAGUCUAGUCGAAAGUUCGCGAAGAUUCUGGAGCUGGUCUUACUGGUCGGAAACUACAUGAACACCGGAUCGAACAACGCGGGAGCUUACGGGUUCGAGAUCAGCUUCCUCACUAAGCUGACUGCGACCAAGGACUUGGAGAACAAGCAGACCCUGCUGCACUACCUGGUGGAGACCAUCGAGAACAAGUUCCCGGACGUUUUGAAUUUCUCCGAGGAGAUGCCGCACGUUGAUAGGGCAGCAAGAGUUUCGAUGGAGAACAUUCAGAAGUCCCUCAAGAAGAUGGAGAACGACAUAAAAGCCCUAGAGAUGGACCUCAACAAUUCGAGGGUCCAGCAGUGCCCCGACGACCUCUUCUAUGAGACAAUGAGCGGGUUCGCCAGCGAAGCCCGCGAGCAGUGCGACCUGCUCCACUCCAUGUUCCGGAAGAUGGAGUCGCUGUACGGCGGCUUGGCGGAGUACUACGUGUUCGAUCCGCAGAAGUACACCCUCGAGGAGUUCUUCUCGGACGUCAAGACCUUCAAGGAUUCCUUCAUGCACGCGCACCAGGAGAACGUGCUGGCGCGCGAGGGGGAGGCGCGGGCGCGGAGGGCGAGGGAGGCGCGCGCGGCGGCCGAGCAGGAGCGGCGCGACCGGCAGCACCGCUACAAGCAGUUCGUGGACAUGGAGCAGGCGCAGGACGGGGUCAUGGACAGUCUGAUGGAGGCGCUGCAAAGCGGAUCUGCCUUCAGCAGAGAGAGGCCCAGGAAGAAGGCCAACCCCCGCGUCGCUGGCGCUGAAAGAAGAGCUCAGCUGAGCAGGUCCAGAUCCAGGUCAGGACUCACGGGAUCGAUGACUACAAGAGAAUUGACUAACGAAUUAUUAAGCAACGCGUGAUAACAAUUGCCAUCCGAACACCGAGUGAUAUUUAAUAAAAAAUUAUAAUAAUAACAAUAAUAAUAUGUAUUAUUUAAUAAAUCAUAAUUUUUUAAACGCCAAGCUAGUUAAUUGUUAGUUUUGUAAGCGCAAUGAAAUGCGAAACGUCAUUGGACAGCGAAGUGGUUAAGACGCUGCGUCUCGGUCGCGCAUCGCGCUAUCUCUCUCGCACGCGCUGCCUGAUAUUUGGGAUGACACUAGAUGCAUAGAGAUUGUUUGUUUACUUACCUAUUCGCUAAUUAGCUUAUGGGCUAUUCCAGCUAUGCGCGGGUAGGUCGGCUCACGGGUACAGCCUUAGAGAAUUUGUUAACAUUAGCCUUAGCAAGAGCAGUGAUUUGCUGAGUCUACCGCGGGAUCGGAAUCGCGAUCCAUUGAGAAGAUCCGGCGAGUAACUCGGUGGCUAUGUCUAUUGGUACAUUGAGAUAUCGUCUGUGUUCAAUUCGGAUUCAUAAUGUACUGUUCUUGCAUGCUAACUAGACGUUUGCACGUUGGAGGGUUUUUGAAACAAACAAAAUAAAAUUAUAACUACCCUCGUGCCUUUUAAAUAAAUUGUUUAAAUCAUGCAAACCGUUUCAUUAAACUAUCAAACAAACAUACAAACACUUGUCCAAGACACAUUAAAAAAUCUAUGAAUUUCAACAAGUUUGUUUUUUUGUCGGUACUUAAUUCUUAUAAUAUGCGGGUAGGCAGUUUAUUGUUAAUGAAGUCAGGUGUUGUUACAUUGCGGCGUUUGGACGUGCCUUGUUGAAUUUAACGAUUUUUCUGUAACAAUAUGAAUUUUUGAUGCAAAUAAAAAAAUCGAUGAACACGUUGGUCAUUGUCAUUGUCAAUGAUGAUCGCCGAAGCGACACAACAAAACGAUCGAUACGAUGCUUACUGAUACUUAAUAUUAAAAUUCCAGAUUGAAGCUGUGAUUUUUGUUGUUGUUUGUAUAAUAAUUCUGCUAACGAAUUAACGGCCUUAUUCUUUAUGGAUUAAGAUAGAAUUUUCGAUUACUUAGCGCUGUAGAUAUUUAUAUAUACAUAUAUAAAUCUUCCGAAUAAGGAUAUCUCGUAUACGUAAUACAUUUUGCGGUAUUUCGUAUUGAUUAUACAAUAAAUUUUAACUUUUAUAAUAUAAUACAUUGAGGAGUUUAACACGCGACAUGUAUCUUUGUAAUUAAAGGUGCGUUUUAUUUGGUACAUUAGCAUCAACAGUUCGAUGUUUUUAAU